GGAGCCCAUCCGCUCCUCUUCCUCCCAUUCCGCGCCGCCACCUCGCCGUCGCCGCCGCCGGCCCGCCGCCUCGCCGCCGGCCACCGGUUACUCCUCCCUCCAUUCCACUACCCCGGAAACCGAACCCUCCGCGCGGAGGGCCAGACGAGCGCGCCUGCGGCGCGGGGGAAGGGGAGAUCAGAGAUGUGGUGCCAGUCGUGCAAGGAGGAGUACGAGGAGGAGGACGCCGGGACUUGCAAGGAGUGCUACGAGGAGGCGAGCGAGACGGAGGAGGAGCUCAAGCGCGAGAUCGACGACCUCCGCUCCCGCCUCCUCUUCCUCCGCCUCCCGUCCCCCUCGCUCGACGCCUCCUCGCUCGGCCACUCCGACCUGCUCCUCCACGCCAUCCCCGCCUCCUCGACUUCCUCCUGUUCCGACGCCUCCGCCGAAGCCGCCGCCGCCCGCCCCGACACCCCCGCCGUCCCCGCCCACCGCGUCAUCCUCGCCAGCAGAUCUCCUGUUUUCAGAGCUAUGCUUGAGAACGAGAUGGAAGAGAGCCGAAGUGGAAUAAUCAAAAUAUAUGAUGUGUGCUACGACGUCCUUCGUGCCUUUAUCCAUUACAUGUACACAGCAGAAGCCCUCCUUGACGAGCAAAUGGCAUCCGAUCUGCUGGUCUUGGCUGAGAAGUAUGAAGUGAAGAACCUGAAGGCCUUCUGUGAGAAGUUCCUAACAUCCAAAGUGAGCAACGAUAAUGCCAUUGCGCAUUAUGCGUUUGCGCAUCGCCAUAGCGCAAAGCAGCUGCUCGAGACAUCUCUCUCAGCGAUCAUGGACAACAUGUCGACGCUGGCAGAUCGGGAGGAAUACAAGGAGCUUGUUGAGAAGGACCCAAGGCUUGUUGUUGAGAUAUAUGAAGCCUAUCUGAACCGGCAAGUCAACACUGCUGCUGGGAAGGAGACAGAUUCCAGUAACAGGAAGGGAUGAUUGAAAACAAAACUACUAUCAGAUAUGUAAUUAAUGUUCUAACCAAGCUCCUUUGCACACUUCUGCUAGUUAAGACUGGCACAUCAAAUUGUCACCCUGCAGUGUAGGCGCCCAAACAACUAUUUUUGUCUGUGGUUGAGUUAGGGUCUUGUUGGUUGAAGGUUAAAGGUCGAUUUUUUGGUUUUUAUGAAAAAAAUCAAACAGUAUAUUUACAAACGGAAAAUAAUUUGUCAA